UGCUGGUUUUAGUGGCGUUCAGAGAAAAUGUGCAGCGACAUGGGAGAUUAAGCACACUGAGCAGUAACAGCAGUGGAGGACAGCUAACGUCAGGGUCGCUAACUGUUUGUUGACUGCGAAACAUUGUGGCUACAUCUCAGUGCUAGCAGUUAUGUCAUGAAAGACUGAGCAGCUGUCAAUCAUCCUGAUGGUCACCUGCUUUCUCAAGCCCUAGGUCAGACAGGCUUCGUACAGGGACAGUGUGAAAAAACACACACCACUUUAAAUGGGAUGCAAGAUCAACCGUAGCAGAUAUCUUAGUUAUCUACAGGCUUUUGUGGCUUGACCUGGUGAAUCAAUGAACGAAGAAGAACCCCCCGAGAGCCCAGUCCCUGGCACAGAACCGGUGGAGGAAGAAGAAGAAGAAGAUGAAAAUGAUUUGGAACAAAGCGCGGAGACGAAGAGCAGUGGAGCAGAAAACACCCCCGAGGCAGCACCGGCUCAGGAGCCCUUGGCACUCUUGGACAGAUUUGAUACAAACGAAAACCUCAGCCCGGAUCCAAUGCAAGAAAACCUUGAGGAGGACAAUGAGGACUCUAAGGCCAACAGUGGUGAGCCUCCCAUUGACUGGUUUGAGCCGCUCGAGGACGACGAUGAUGCCAACAGUGUUGGUAAAAAUGAUCCGGAGGAAGAAAGCCUGGCAGGAGAAAGUGAGAGGAGUGAGAGCAUGGCGGGCAGCGAGAAGGCCUUCAGAAAGAUCUAUCAGCUUCAAGUUCCCCGCCGUAAGCGGUCGCAUCCUGAUGAAGGAUGGAUUGAAUGGCCAAUGCUUGGAGAGGGUUGGAAACGCAAAGAAGUCGUUCGCCGUUCAGGUUCCAGCAUUGGACAGAAGGAUGUGUAUUAUUUAAGUCCACGGGGUGAUAGAGUGAGAAGCCGAGUAGAAUUAAUUUCAGUGUUGGAGGGAAUCCUUGACCUGUCACACUUUGAAUACAAGACUGGAAAGUUCUACGAUGGCGAAGCACAACCCAUAAGAGUCCGAAACAGAACAAAGAGAAAAGUCCGGGAGCGUUCUUCCUCAGAGUCCAGCUGGAUGGAGAGAGGAGAGGGGGCCGACACUCCGGACUCUUACCACAGGUCCACCCCCAAUCUGACACCCAAAAACCCCCACUUCAACCAGACAGGUUACUCCUCACAUAAUGCAAUGAUGACUGCAAACCACGGCUCUCGCAGUGAGGAUCCAGGGGACGAAGAUAAAAUAAGACUUCCUCUUCCGUCAUCGUCAUCCAAACCGCUCCCGCUCCCCUCCAUAAAUGGAGAAAUUGGAUCAGAGGACAGCACUCUGGUCUGUGCCAAAUGUGGCAUUUCCUUCACAGGCACAUGGUAUGACAAACAAAGGAAGAGGCCCUGCUGUCCCUCCUGUUGGGCAGCUUCAAAGACAAAAGAGCAUCCGAUGAUUCGUUUCCGAAAGUGGAUUCCCUGUGGACAGUGCGUGGGAUGCCACAACACAGUGAAUUGUGGACAGUGUGCCAACUGCAAGCAUGGACUGCAGAGCCCAGAGUCACGGAAACGCAUAUGCCGGAAACGUAAAUGUAUAUGUCCUAUACGGAAGGGCCCUGGAGGUGGAGGCUUAAUGCAGCAGAGACCUUAUAAUGACAUUCCAGAAACAUUUGAUGAUAGCAUGAGCUUCCAGAGUGAAGUGACAGACUCACAGCACCCGAGUCUCAAAAGCAGCGACACAGAGAACUUCUCGGUAAACGUGGACGUUGAUGACGAGGAUGAGAUGUCAACCGACGACGACGAUGACUGGCAUAAGAAGCGGAAACGACGGUCGUGUGGAGAAUGUAAAGCCUGCCUGUGCAGGAAAGACUGUGGCACGUGUGAUUUCUGUAUAGACAAGCCCAAGUUUGGAGGCAGCAACAAGAAAAGGCAAAAGUGUCGACUACGGCAGUGUCAGCGACAGGCGAUGAGACACUUGCUGCCUUUCCAGAUGGGACAAGGUGACUAUGGGCCAGAUGGCCAAGUCUUGCCGGGCAGACCUAGACCUCACUACACAUACAGUCGAAAGUCAAAUUUCAAGAAAAACAAAGGACCACAAUCUGCCUUGGACUUAACUGACAAUGAAGACGAUGACAGUAAUUUCCAAGCAAUGAAUUGGAGCUCUGAGCCUGCCGCUGGUAGCAAACAUUCCUACGAACUAAAUGUGAGAAACCACCAAUCAUCUAUGCAGCAGUUGAAUCAUUUGGAUUACGGACAGCAGAAUGGGCUGACUGACAGAGUCCCUAACCUCAGCAACCACAACUCUGAACUAGGUCACCUAAGCGGAUGGGAUGCAGAGAAAUCACACACAGGCCGAGAUGACCAAAUGCAUCUUGACGAAGAAGAUGAACAAGAUGAAGAAGAGGAAGAGGAGUUACCCAUGAUCACGCAGAUCUUCAGUUUGGCUGAUAACCCAGCUGCGAGUGGUGUGGACAUAGAAAACCAGCUAAUGAAGCUGCUACAGUCUUUGCGCUCGUCUGUACUGCCAAUCCUAUGGUAUGCCAUAAUAGUGGAGGGCCCGCAGCUGCAGCUCAUCCAGUGUUCUAAACAGUCCAACAUGACCGACACCAUGGUGCUGAUAGAUCCGGGCUUCUGCUACCAGGUCACCGUCCAAAAGCAGCCGCUGCUCCCCACCCACCCGCUGUACGACAAGUACCCAGGACGCUUAUCCUCAGUGACUGAAGUAGUUAAUCUUCUUUUGGGUCUGGAGAAAUAUGUCGUGUGUCAAGGACUCCACCCCAGAGAGCCGUUAUCUAGUAAAGACCCACUCAUAGUGGAGCGGGCAUCAACAUGUGAUUUCUUGGUUAAAAGGAAAGUGAGCAUCUGUACUAACUGCAGAGCACUGCAAGGACUUUAACGUCAGCAGCGACACAAGAUGCUCCGUGACCACAGUGGAGAACCACCGUUCUCUGGUGCAACUUUGUGUUAGUUUCUUCUUUUUGUUUCUGUUUUUAUAUUUGGUGAUAGUCCAUAUGACAUUUUACAGAUUUACCUCUGGAUUGUAAAAGAUUUGAAGAACCACCAAAGGCAUUCCGGGAGCUGUGACAUUUUAACCCACGCGUGUUUCUUCUCACAUGUCUUCUAUUAUGUUGUGUUAGGGCUUUUCUACGUGACUAUUAUGAAAUAUCAAAUUUUGGGGCAGUAUGAUAGAAAGAGCUGAAGUCCAUCAUCUCACUUGUGUGGUCUCUGUGCUGUUUGUAAGUUCACCCUUACUGCACUUUUGAUUGAUUGUUUAAUCCUAAAUUUUGUCUUACCGCCCAAAAAAUGAAAUUGAAAUUGAGUAUUAGGUUUCUUAUCUUUUAACCAGCAAUAUUGGACACCAUGUCAAUCAUGUUUUUAUGCUACCCAUGUAAUCUGUACAAUGUUGAAUGGCGUCAACCAGCAGAUUGAAUCUUUUUUGAACAAAAUAAAAACAAAUUAUUCAACCAAUUUAUUUAGCAACAACUGCGUCAUCAAAGGUUGGGAUAUUUUUCUGUAGAAUGCUGACACUAACAUAAGUAUUGACUACCAGUGUGUGUAGUUAAAGGAACUGAAAAAAGAGAUUCUGAUUUCAAUAGAUAGAUUAGUGUUUCUAAAAAUGCCUCCUCCUCCUCCUGAGGACCUUUGCUGUAAAACAAGUUGUGAAAAACAGCUACUCACUCCAGAUUUAUUUACCCACUUCUAUUAUUAGUAUUACCCCGCUUACCACGACACACCUAAAUCAUUAGACGAGAACACAAUUUGUUUUUAGAGUCACCCGUGUUACCGAAAAGCAUCAACUGAGAAGGGUACUAGAACAUGUUAAGGGCACUGAAUAUCCCAUCGAGCCUAGAGUGCAGUCACAGUGAUCCACAUGGCUCCAUGCCAGAGUUGGGAGAUAGUGUUGAGACAACAACUGUUGCUUUAACAGUUGCAGCUUUAUGUGAGAGGUCAAGAGAAAGCCACUUUUAAAAAAAACAAGACUUCUGAGGUCAGAAGACAUGUGGGAGACUGAAACUAAUGAUGGGCCUGUGGUCAGAUAGGCAUAAGAACAACAACUGUAUUGUCCUGGAGUCUAGACAUCAUCAGACAUAAGAUAUUUCUGACAUUUAUAGCAAGAACAAGUACCUCUAAAAAACAAAGAAGCACCUCUAUAUGACACUGACUCAACAGGAGUUUACGCUUAAGCAAUCAUUUAGUUUGUGUUACAUAUUUGUGAUCAUUUAGAUAAAAAAAAUUUUUUCAGGUUAUUAAGCUUAAUUACAUCCACUUUGACCAGUGUUUAAUUAACAAACAUCUAAAACAAAUCAUGACAUUUAUCUUUACCCUUAAGCUGCACCCCUCCAGACAAUAAUGUUCUUAGCACAAACCCAAAGAAGAUGUGAGUCUUUUCCACAGUCGUCAUCAUUUUUGGAAAGAGGGAACACGUUAUACUAAUAUAACAGCUCCACACUUUCUCAAUGUGUGCUUAUAGAAGUAUUUUCUUUAAAGCCUGCCCUUUCAUUUCUGUUCUUGGCUAACGUGAUGACUGACGUUUAAUAUUGUACUUUAAACCAUUUGAUUUUCAUUUAAGUUUUUACAGUAAUGCAGUUUUUCCCCUGUCCCCCCUCUCUAUCGGGAUAUUUAUGGAGUAAAUCACUGACUUUAACAAUGUGAAAGUUUACACAUAUAUCAGAUUUAUUUUGUUAUCUUGGUUCCAUGAAGUAAUGAAAUGUUUUUAGUUUAAAAAUAUUGUUCUCUAGCCUUUGAAUUAAAACAUAUUUAAAGAACUGAAACAGACGUUUUCCAUAUUUCCUGACUGUCGAUAUUUCCUGACCAACUUUUCUUGUUCACUUUCAUUUUAUAAACAUGAAACAUUUCCAAACAGUGAAAGCCUGAGAUUUUAUAUUGAGUUGAUAGCCCUCCAUAUUAUCUUCUACUUCAUGUGUAUGUCCAUUUAAUCCCUGUUUGUUGGGGGUGUGUGAUGUGAUGGGACUACAGUAAACUGAGCCACAUACUGUU